AACGAGAAGAAGAAGAAGAAGUCGAGGAGGAGGAAGAGGAAGAAGAAGAAGAAGAAGACGCACGGGUGGCAGUAAUGCACCUGAACGUCUGUUAGUAACCCCCCUCCCAUAAAAAUAAAGAAGAAGAAGCUAUAAAGGUUAGCUUGACAGCUAAGGUCGACAGUAGUUCGGUGUCCGCUUGUGGAGAAUGUCGAGAAGAGCGGCAACGAUGGCCACCUUCGCGUAGGCUGGUGAAGAUGUUAAUAACAUUGUGUUACGUCUACAUGUGGGUGCGCUUCCAUAAGUGCUACUCUGUGCUGAUUCGCAACAGUCUGUCCAGACAGACCAGCAGCAGCCGCAGCAGUCUCAGCUUCAGCCGCCUCUGCUGCAGCUCGGCUUCAGCGCCAGCGCCAGCCACAGCACCGUCGACAGGACGUCACACAAGCGGGCGGCAGCCCAGACCGCCUCCACCCGAGGACGUCGUCUUCCUCCAGCUGGGAGACAAGUCCGUCUAUGUCACGGAGCCUCAGGCAUGUGAUGACCUCAGCAAAUGGACUGUGUUGUUGGGGUCCUCUGUGGUUUGUGGUCCAGGAAUAGAGAAUAUUUCAUUCAUCAUAGAAGCUACAGGACACAGAGUGGGCUACCCAUCUCCUCACACAUCAAACAAGAAAGUGCUGAAGUGGUCUGACUGCUGUCUUCCUCUGGCAUGUAGUCCUGGCCAGCCAUUCAGGGCAGUGGCUCAGGCCAGUGUAGAUAACUUCAGUCGGCUGGGGGUGGCUUUUAUAGAAGAUCGCCUUCAGCUGGAUAAUGGACUUGUGCCUUCAAAGAUAAUCCCUGUCCUCCUCCAAGAAUCCACUCUCAGUGAGCUGCUGGAGAAGCAGCGUCCACCAAGCCCAAGGAUUGUGACUUCAGUACAGCUCUGCAGCACCAAGGCUGAAAAAGGUCAGCCUUUGCCUUGUCGGCUGUCAGCUGACCGUCAGCACCUACUGUCCCAUAAAGGCAGUCUUCUCCUCACCCCGGAGGCAAAGCAGAGGUUAGAGGAGCGACGAGGGUCAGAGCCGCUCUGUAGGACCCAGGAUCUGGGACCUCUUGGUUACUCAGAAGACAAUUCCAUGGGGAAUCAUCACCACAUGGAGGGCCAUAGACACCACCUCCAUCUGUCCAGCUGCGACGAAUGUUUGGAGCUGGAAAAAAGCACCAUCCUCUCUGUCAAAUAUGCUUCAGCUGAGAACAUUCUGGACCUUCCUUAUGAUAACUCAAUAGGGCUGGAUAGUGGGGAUGAGACUCUGGAUGAACUUCAGCAUGAUACCAAAGGUUUUCUUGGUCAAAGCGGUGGAUUUGACUUUAAUGGCAAAUCGCCAAAUAUUCUGGUGUACACAGGUGGUUGCCAGGAACGUUUUCAGUCAGUUCGUCAGGUUUUAUCAGAGUGUAUAAACAUGGAAAACUACAUAAUAUACCACCUCCUACCACAGCAGGUUCUGAGUGAUCCUUGGCUGGACAACACCAAGCUCUUGGUACUGGCAGAGGAGCAAGCCCUUACCCCCCAACUUCAGACCUGCUUUCUCAACUACCUUAGCCAGGGUGGCAAGGUCCUGGGGAUAGCCUCCACCCUGUGCCCUGCAGGCCUCUCUCUGGAGGUCAGGGAGAGACGACAUGGGCAUAUCCAUAGACUGAGCUUCACUAGGGAAGACAGCACAGAGCUGGAAUUGAGUGUGUUGGCUAGUGGGAAGGUCUACGUCAGAGAUAUUCAGGGAGGAGGGGAAGUUGAGCUCUGGGGGGAGCUGAAAGGAGACGUCCCUCAUCAGAGGGAUAUGGUUAUCGUCAGGGUGACCCAUGGAGAGGACGGCGGGGAAGCUGUUGUCUGUCAGGUCCACCUGGAAAUUGCUCCUGACUCCCAGAAUUUGUCAUGUGAAGGCUUUGAUGAACUAAAGGUCAGUAACGCACUGCGUUAUGAAGUCUUGACAGAGAUCCUCACCUCUCUGGGCCUCAGUUGUGAACUAAACCAGACUCCAGCCCCAAGUCCAGUCCAUCUGCUGGCCACCUCUCAGGAAGCUAAGGCCACCUUCUUGAAGUGGCUACAGACACGUGCAGAUCAAAAUGGCCUCCUCUCGUUGUCCAAGGCCUGCCUCAGAGUGGUGUCCUGUUGUGAGCUCCAGAAUGGCCCUUUGCUGCCUGAUGGCUCUCUGGCCCUGGUCACUGACUCCUCAGAGUCUCAGACCUGGGAGCUGUUCAGUAUGGAGACCUACAGAAAAAACCUGAAGACCAGUGUACUGGGGCACACCUUGCUGUAUGCUGAGGUCGUUACAUCUACCAUGGACCUGUUUGAAGGGCUUACUCUGCACUUACCAAAGGAUGUGGGUCUAAUAGCUAUAGCGGCUCGACAAAGCCAGGGCAGAGGUAGAGGCAGGAAUGCCUGGCUCAGCCCAUUGGGUUGUGCCAUGUUUACUCUGAGUGUCCAGGUAGAGCUGAGCUCCAGGCUUGGACAGAGGAUUCCCUUCUUGCAACAUCUGGCUGCUCUGGCUGUGGUCGAGGCGGUUCGUACACUUCCUGGAUACCAGGACAUAGACCUGAGGGUGAAGUGGCCCAAUGACAUCUACUACAGUAACCUGAUGAAGCUCGGGGGAGUACUGGUGACCUCUACUGUAAUAGGAUCAACCUUUCAUCUGCUCAUAGGCUGUGGUUUCAAUGUGACCAACAGCAACCCAACAUUGUGCAUCAAUGACUUAAUCCAGCAGUACAACAUCCAAUACAACUGCAACCUGCAGCCGCUAAGCUGUGCCCAGCUCAUCGCUCGGACUGUUAGCUACCUGGAGGCCCUCAUCAGCAGCUUCCAACAAGGAGGCCCAGAUGCCAUCUUGCCCACCUACUACAAGAGAUGGCUUCACAGUGGGACUCAGGUGCGUCUCUGGAGCGAGGAUGGACUAGAGGCUGAGGUGGUGGGUCUGGACCCCAACGGAUUCCUCCAAGUGUACAGCAAGGAGCAGGGUGUGGUCUCAGUGGAACCUGAUGGAAACUCCUUUGACAUGCUGAAGAACCUGGUGAUCAUCAAGCAGCAUUAGGACCAAACUCAACAAAAUACAUUGAAUAAUACAUUGAACGAAUGACUGGAUCAUUUAAAGUGACAGAAAACUUAAUGGAACUACAUAAAUUUAUCCUUGUUUUCUAUUUGAUCACUAAUUUCAUCUAAUUUCAUCACUAAUACCCAAUUCAGACUAAUCCAGUGUCACUGGUUAAACCCACGUUGGGGGUCUAUCUGUUUAGGCCAACCUGCAUUAGGAGGGUUGGCGGUCAGAGGCUGCCCGGCUUUGAUGACCUGGCGUUGUCACUGAAGUUUAUGAACUACACAGCAGAUUGAAGUAUCUGCAAACAGUGAGAAGCAAGGUGACAGCUGUCUCAUGAAUGGGUCCUCGGUUCGAAUGUGCGUUAAGUAGACCUGUGUAAUAUGUGCGUCUGCUGUCUGAAAGUGGUAUAAAUACGUUACUGAUUUAAAGUGGCAUAAUUUACUAGCUUACCUUGACAUACAUUCAGUAUAUCCAGCCCCUGUCCCUUCAUACUAUCUUCAACAUCAGUUUGAUUAUGACCCAUAGGCAUAGGCUAAGACCACAAAUUCAAAUAAUUAUUGAAUAACUUGCACUACUUUCUGGCAAUAAUACAUGUUGUACCCCUUUUCUAAACAUUUAACCUAAUUUCAUUGUUACAUGAGAACAAUGAUCAUUUAAGCAUUUGCACUUAAUUUCAGCAAAAUAAAAGAUUUCCACAGGAA